GUCACCACAGAGAGUGCGGAAAGCUGUGUAUGUGCAGAAGUUGUUGCUGCUGUGGAUGUGAACACGCUUGCCAAUGAAGUUUAUAAACACAACUUUCCCAGUACACCAUUAUGGGCAAAGACAAUUGAGAAUUGGCCUACAAGGUGAUGUAUCUGAUCCACGGACAAAGAGCUUUCUUUAUAUUCUUGAUAUUCUCCCAAGGCUCCAGAAGCUUCCAAAAUACCUACUUUUAGAAAACGUUAAAGGAUUUGAAUCCUCUUCUGCAAGAAAUGAACUUCUGCGAACACUAGAAACAUGUGGAUUUGAAUAUCAAGAAUUUCUCUUGUCUCCAACCUGUCUUGGCAUUCCCAAUUCUAGGCUGCGGUAUUUUCUAAUUGCAAAGCUUCACCAGGAGCCAUUUUUCUUUCAUGUUCCUGGUCAGAUAUUGACACGAUUCCCAGAUCAGAAUCUAGAAGAGUUAUCCAAGGAUGAAGUUGUUGACGAAGCUAGUUCUUCCUUGCCUUCUGGAGAGAAGAGUCUAGUUUCAAAUAUUGGUUCUGAUUGCAGCAGCAAGAAUGGACCCUUGCCAAAAGAAGCCUUUCUUUUUAAGCUUGAAACAGCAGAAGAAAUGGUAAGGAAGCAUAGUCAGGACAAUGAUCCCUCUAUUCAAAUGUUACAAGAUUUCCUGGAAGAUGAGAAUGAAGAAAUGAGUCAGUAUUUUUUAGCACCCAAGUCCUUGGUACGCUAUGCUUUCUUGUUAGACAUUGUUAAACCCACUUGCCGGAGAUCCACAUGCUUUACAAAAGGGUAUGGGCACUAUGUAGAAGGGACAGGCUCAGUUCUGCAGACAGCAGUAGAUGUGCAGCUUGAAUCAGUGUUUAAGCACAUUGAGAACUUAACAGAAGAAGAGAAGCUUAUGAAACUGUCGACGCUAAAACUGAGGUAUUUUACUCCAAGAGAAAUAGCAAAUCUGCAUGGAUUCCCUCCAGAAUUUGAGCUCAUCUUCAGGGACAGCUGUUACCUUCCAUGUUUCUGCAAACCACAACUGAACUCUCAAGACAAGUCAGGCUUCUGAAUUUGAGGAGCAUCCAGGCUUUCCUGACAAAGUAUCAAUAAAGCAAUGCUACCGUCUUCUGGGAAAUAGCCUCAACGUACAUGUGGUGGCAAAAUUGAUCUCCAUUCUAC